UGACGUCACAUAGGCUGGGCCGAUUCCCUCGCUGCCGAGCGCUCCUGCUUAUUGUUGCCAACCGCUCAGAAAGAGCAGCGGCAAAAAAGAAGCUGCACGGCGGAGGCGCGAGCUGCUGCAUCUGGGGAGGCAUCGCGGGCCGGGGGCCGGAAGAGGGGCAGGGGGCGAGGGGAAGGAGGAAGGUCGGUCGCCGGCAGCGCUGCUCCCUCAGGCACCCGCAGGAAGAGGAGGAGAUGCGCGGGUUUCGGUGCAAGGGGCCCUCGGCGGCGUAACUGUUCCUGAUAAGGCGAGGAGGAAAUGCCUCUGCAAAGAUUAUAGCAGCAGUGAUAUGGCUGCAUAAAGAAGGACACAUGGAAUGACAGAUUGCUUAGAUAUGAAUAAAAGCCAAUAAAGCCUGAGGAAGAAGUAAAAGGGGGAUCCCUUUGCAGCAGCUGCCCUGAUGUUAAGGGACUUCAUUUUGCCCAUCAUGGAGGCGGAUGGCUGGGAGUGGCUAGUGGCUCCUAUUCAGCAGCUGAUAUCCUGGGGUGCAUCUGCAGCCAUGGUGUUUGGAGGUGUGGUGCCAUACAUCCCACAAUACCGAGAUAUUAAAAGGACACAGAAUGCAGAGGGCUUUUCAACCUACGUGUGUUUAGUGUUAUUAGUUGCAAACAUUUUAAGGAUACUCUUCUGGUUUGGGAGGCACUUUGAAUCCCCUCUACUGUUGCAGAGCAUCAUUAUGAUAAUUACAAUGUUACUGAUGCUGAAACUGUGCACUGAAGUACGUGUGACAAAUGAGCUGAACAUAAAACGGCGCUCCUUUUCAGCUGCAGAUAGUAAGGAUGAAGAAAUCAAAACACCUCCCAAGAGAUCCUUUCUGGAUUUUGACUUGAACUAUUUCUGGCACUGGAACAAGUUUACAGAUUAUGUGCAAUGUGUUCUGGCUUUCACUGGAGUCACAGGAUACAUCACUUACCUUUCUCUUGACUCAACUAUCUUUGUUGAAACUCUGGGCUUCCUUGCCGUGUUCACUGAAGCCAUGCUGGGCAUCCCUCAGCUCUAUCGUAACUACCAGAAUAGGUCAACGGAAGGAAUGAGUGUCAAGAUGGUGCUGAUGUGGACCAGUGGUGACACCUUCAAGACCAUGUACUUCCUUGUGAACCAGGCUCCCUUCCAGUUCUCUAUCUGUGGACUUCUACAGGUCUUUGUGGAUAUGGCCAUCCUGUUGCAGGUUUACUUCUACAGCUGCUACCCACAAAAGCCAGCUUCACACACAACACACCCAGCCAGUACGAAGGCACUUUAAAGCACAAAGUGGAGGCAGCUAUCAGUCAAAAUAUUUGGAGCCAGCCUUGCAGCUUCACUUUCAGUUGUAAAUACUGUGUUUCUGAUGGGCUGCAAAUAGAAGCGUCCAGCAUGGAAACCUAGCCAGGUAUCAGGCCUGGCAUUGUUUUUAAUUAUUUGCUUUCCUUGUGUUCCAAAUCCAUUGGAAUGGAUUUUUCUUUUUGGGGCUCACAUGAGGGUGCUUUUUAAACAUAUAUAUAUAU